AUGAUGCUAUUUAAAAGGCUGAAAGGAGUCUUAAAGAGAGGGAAAAUCAACUGGAAUGUCCCGAAAAAUGCUAUUCUGACCCUAGAUGAAAUUGAUAAGCUUCAAAAUUCUGAAGAUGAAUCUGCCAAAUCUAAAAAUGAAUCAACAAUAUCUAAGCUUAAAAAGGAAAAGGAUGACCAUUACAACGAAGUUCAUUACCUUACUGAGGAUGCCAGAAAAAGAGCCUUAGGGGAUAUAAAGGAGAGGCAGAAGACUCUGGAUGGUCUUAAAAAAAAUCUUGAAGCUUUUAUUGGCAAAGAGAAUGAAGUUAAUCCUGCAAAAAACCUUUUAGAAAAUCUCACUGAAGGUUUGGAAAAGUUUUUAGGUUACAAUAAAGACUCCAAAGGCUACUCGGGUGAUGGCAUCGUGUACUCGGACCUUGACAGGCUCUGCGACGGGGUGAUGUCUUUCCUUCAUGGAGUUCUCCAAAGUGUGAAGGAGGAUGAUAACGUUACAACGUACAAUAAACAUAUUACUCAGAAUAAUUUAGAUAAUGUUCUUCGUGAUGUAUUUUCUAAAAUUGGCACUGGGCGUAAUGGGCUUUCGGACUCUGUCACCAAGGUGAAGGAGUGGUUGGAGAAAUAUAAUGAUGAAGUAGAAAAGAAGACAAGAGGAGUGACCGAUGGAUUAUCUGCACUUAUAGGUAAGUUGCGUAGUGAUGUUUCAUCUGGUGUUGCAGGGAAUGAGUAUUACAAGAGCGUUGAAGGCGAGGCGACCAAGGAUCUCGGGACCCAGUUGGCAAGGUGGAAGGGGACACUGGGGAGCAUCGACAGUGAUGUUCAAAGUAUUGCAAACAUACAAAUUAAUGACUUAGACGACACACUUAAAGCACAACUAACGCACAAAUUAGAUCCAGUUAAGAAAGUGGUAGAGCACCUGAAAGGUGUUGCCACCAGUAUGAUAUCUAGCGGCCUGGUGAAGGCUGUAGAUAGUGCAAUUACUGAGAAGGAAACGCUUGUCAAAGAGCGAAUUAAAGCAAAAUCGCAAGAGCUGAGAGAGACGUUGACAACUAAUUUUACCACAAUAGAUGAAAGAAUUCGGGCAUUCGAAACUGCGCAUAACGGUCAGUUGGUGCCCUUGGUAGGACUGGUCAAGCAGUUGACUAUAAGUGUAGAGCAGGCCAAUAAGGCGGCGCUUAAGUUGGACGAUGAUUAUAAUAGUGAGAUUGUUGGGAAGUUGCAGGGAAUUGACAAGCAGGUCACGGCGCUUGACACUAAAGAUAUUACUAAUGGGUUUCAAACGAUCUUCGCUACGGUUAGUGAGCAGUUGGGGACGCUUCACCAGAAGCUGGAGGAACUUGGUGGACUUGGUCAGAAGGUUACUAUUACGGUGGAGAAAAAUCUGCCAUAUUUCGAGACCGGAGGUGAUCCAGAUAUGAAUGUGAGUGCGCAGAUCACGAAGCUGAAGGAGGAGAUUAGAAAGGAAAUUACCAAUUAUGUAAAAAAUGGCUUGGGAGAUAUUAUUAGGUUGGCGAUUAAAGGAAAAACAGAUUUGGUUGCGAAUUCGAAGAACCAUCCAGAUGGUUCCCUGGAUCAGAUUGUUGGGGCAGUUAAAGUUUACGCUGAGAAGUUCACGCAGGGGAAAUUUGAGAGCGAAACACUGCCUGGUUGGAUUGGUGCUAUUUUAAGAAGUGGAGCUGUUGAUCAUAGGCUUGGGGCGUAUAUCGGCAGGAACAACAGUCGUUUUAAUAACAAACUGGAGCAUAUUAAAAGUGGCAGUGACAGUAGAUUACAUGAUGUAGUUAAGCAGCAGAUUAUUCAGGAGCUGAAGAAAAAAAUGUCUGCAGACUUCCCCUCCUAUACGGCUAAAGCUAAGGAAGGAAUUGAACAAAUUGUAGCCUAUGUUCAGGCGGCCUGCGAGAAAUUUGCAACGCAGCUUAAUGUGAAGAUUAAGAAUAGGGUGGGGGGUAUUAGUUCGUCUGAGAUAGCCAAGGAAGUUGAGACAAAUGGGAAGGAUGGCAUUCUCACCGACAAAAGAAAUCCCACCAACGAUUCAGAUUUAACGCUUGCCGUAGACGGCAUCCUCCCUAAACUCGCCUCCAAAGCGAGGACAGCUGCCGCAAAAUUGGGAUGGCUCAUCGGCAGCGGUGAUACCGAUGGCAAAAUAGGUAACGUGGAGGCGGCUAUAAGAGUUGUCAAUAGUCUCGGUGACCAUCUCGCUGGGGAAAUUAAAAAGACUGACUCACCCUCUCAAGGCCAAACGAAUCUCGGCUACGACAUCCAAGCCAAGUUAGGCACUGCAGCAACCAACGGCGAAGUCGACACGAAGCUCGGCGAACUCCUUGAGAAAGCUGUAAAAAAUGGCAUAAAUAAAUUAGAUGCUCAAGUGAAAAGAAUCGUUGGUGACCUUAGCAGUGUCCAUCCUACGAUUGAAAAAGCAAUUGGCAGGGUGAGCAACACACCAAACGGCGGCCAUCCAAACGAUAUUUACCAAGCCGUCCAAAAUCUUCACCAACAGAUCGAAAGGCUCAAACCUGUAGUCAUCGAAGUAAAUAACAGCGCCCAAGUUAACAUAAAACACCAGGUGACAAACAUGAAAAAGCAUGUUGCUGGUAUGCUGGCGGCCAUAACAGAAAUAAAUAAUAAUAUUGGGUCCAUUAAUACAGCUUUGAAACAAGCCAUUGAGGAGGCGCAGAAAUCUGUUGCCACAGCCCGCGAACAACUCGGUGAGCUUAUUACCACAACGGAAACUGAGCUCACUCAACAAGUCAACACAGCCUUCACCACCGUCCACACCGCCGCGAAAACCAUGUUCAACCAAAGUCAUAAGGCGGACUUGGCGCAGCUUAAGGAAUUAAUAAAUGCGCAAAAAACUGUUAUCGAAGGCAUUAUAGAUGAGGAUAAAAAGAAAGGUCUGAAAGGCCUGCUGAAGGAGAUGUACGGUGACGACGGAAGUAAACUGGAGGAAUUUAAAAGUUAUAAUGAUCCGAAAAUUCCUGCACAUUUCGGAGACCUGUCUAGCAAACUAAAAGACUAUUUAGAACUCAUUUUCACAUACAUCAAGGGACAACUCAACACUCCAAGUUCGUCGCCACCCAACUCCACAACCAAGGAGCCAACCAAAAUGCUGGGUGAAGUGCAAAGUAAACUCGGCAAUUUGCUUACUCAUCUUGGCACAGCGAAACAUUUUGAUAGUCUAUUCGUAUUGCGCUUAGAAUCGUUUUCCACUGAACUUGGCAAAUUCACGCCGUCUCAAUUCGCCGGCCCAAAUAACUCUAAGCUGCUCGACUCACUUAGAGAUGGGCUGCAGAAAUUGUGUGAUCAGCUGGACAAGGCGUACGUGUCGGCGUACUCGGGAGACUACUGGAAUGGCAAUAACAAAAACAAGUAUGCUAAUGUUUUCUGUACUAUAAUGCAUACGUUCCGUAGAGAUUUUGAUGAGUUGCGUGAUGGGUUGUCAGGUGCCAUGUAUGACAAGUCGAUUCAUCUAGCCAACAGUAACUCCCUCGGCAGCUUUUUCAAGGGCUGCAAUUACAACGUGUCGAAAACCACUGGCAAACAAGGUGGCGAAUUGAAAAAUGACGUGGAUGGUAAAACGAUAUAUGGGCUUCUUGUCUCAGAUGAUGAAAAGCAUGUUUACAAAAAACCUUACAAGGGCCCUGUUAUAGAUUUGCACCGUCACAUAAGAACAUACUACACCGCCUGCCAUCUUACAUUACACGACUCACCUAAAUACCCUUGUUCCAUCAGAGACAUGUUAUCCUGGUUGACGGGCCUUCCUUACACUGCAGUCUAUCAGGGCAUUAAGACACACUGUAACACGAUGCUUAAGAAGGAGAUCACAGACGCUGAGAAAAAAUCGCAGCCUGCGGAUCCCGUAAUCAGUAAAAUCCUUCAGAACACAUUACAUGAUAACCUAAAUCACACGAUAAAAAAUGCAUACAACGUACUCACAACUAUAUGUGGGAACGGACGUGGCUCCGAUCAUGCUGACUACCCUUAUGCGUGCUACUUCCUAAACAAUUCCCGCGGUUUCCACUAUCCUGGCAGCGUUUCAAGUCUGUUCGAUAUGUUAAAGGAAAUCUGUAGUCGGUUGCUGUGUUCCCUGAACCUAUUGUAUAGCGUGUGUCGUACUCCCGCCAAAUACCGUGGCUGGAAUGACUGUCCAUACGGGCAGGACGUUUCCGGUUACCAAUGGGAUUGCCAUGAUUCAUCACACUCCGGUAGGGAGUGUCUUCCAAAAUCACGUCUCCAGGCUCAUUUAAUGGACGGUAUGCCCGGUUGUCUACCACAUAAAUUGACAUCUGUCGGUUGUAAAUCAGUCUGCUCUACCUGUCCCAAAUCAUCUGCUGGCGAACAGUGCAUCACACCUAUGGGCUUUGUGGAUUUACCUAACGCGGCGUCCAUUAAAGGCACCGGAAAUGAUAUAUUUAAAGCUCUCAGCAUUUUAUGCAAAGAUGCUGGCUGUCCGUUGCCUACGUUGCUUCGAUGUCUGGCGUCAGUAAAUCCAUAUCCUCCCAGAAGUCUUGGCGAUAUGUUGUCUCUCUACUGCCAAGUUUUCCAAAAACAUGACGGGAAGUAUAUUCAUAACGCCGAAAUUAAAAGGCACCUUGAAAACGUUACGAUUUCGGACAGCUUCCCACUGUCAGCCUCCCUUCAUGGUGAUUAUCCAGUGACAAAACUAACCAGUGCACUGCAAAAAUUGCACUAUUCUUCAGGUGAUCACCUUAUAACUCCUAAUGCCAAGGCUACAAACCAAUGUCAUGCUGAUCUGUGGAGCCUAUCUACAAUGUCUACAUGCCAGGCGACAAAAUCAUGUGCUCCAUACCUCCACCCACUCGGAAAGAAUGCUUACCACACCCUUCCUAAAAAACACGCAGCAUUGUAUCUUUCAUGGUGCUGUUAUUUGGCCUGGGAGUUUUGGGACUUGCUGCAACAGUUACUGAAUAGUUUCAAAAAUAUCGCUUGCAAAUCAUUCGGGUGUCCUUGCAAAUGUCCACCCGGCAAACAUGGAGUCACGGAGGAAAGUUCUACAAAACCAGGCUGCCACUGUGAUUCCAUCGUUGACUGCACAGGUGUCCUCUCGGUGUUCUACCAAUACGGACUCACAUUCCGUGUACCUGCUACGUUAUAUGCACACAAUACCAGGCGGACGUGUGAUGAUUUUGUUAAACAAUUACAUAAAGUGCUGUACGACGGAUACUUCAAGAAGCUGUUUGAAGAAAUCGACGAAUUCAUCUGGGCAAUUCGCACACCCUUCUCAUACCUCUUAUUAGCCCUCUGGUCGCUGUCGCUCCUGUACCUGCUGCACAUCGCCGUCGUCCGCCUCGACGUCCUGAGGAUACGCUCCCACCUGAGAUCGCCCUCAAGCCACCGCAUCGCCGCCCAGUCGCUCCUCGCCGCCGCACGCGUCAAGGCACUCGCCAACGUCAAGUACUUCUCACCGUAA